CAGCCCAUCCCACCUUCGCGUGCUCCUGCUGUCCACGGCUCUGAACCAUUCAACUGAACACUUUCUUUACAGGCAGGCAGAUUGAUCAGUUAAGAUCGCGGGUGUUUCAGUAGUUUUGGUAUCAUGGCGAGCUCGUGGGUCGGUCACUGGAGGUCCGGCGCGCGUGCCGUGGCAACCUGUCUGUUCUUCACGCUGCUCACCUGCACGCUCAGGUGUUCGGAAUGCGUCAAACUGAGCAACAUCAUCCUCAUUCUCACCGACGACCAGGAUGUGGAGAUGGGUGGAAUGACACCCAUGAAGAAAACCCAAUCUCUGAUUGGUGAUGCUGGUGUGACCUUCUCCAAUGCUUUCACAGCCACCCCCCUUUGCUGUCCCAGUCGCAGCAGCAUCCUCUCCGGCAAAUAUCCACACAAUCAUUUGGUCAGAAAUAACUCAAUUUCUGGAAAUUGCAGCAGCGUUGCAUGGCAGGAGGAGGCUGAACCUUCUACGUUUCCUGUCUACCUCAGUAAGAUGCACUACCAGACGUUCUAUGGAGGGAAAUACCUGAAUCAGUACGGGACUAAAGAUGCAGGUGGUGUGGCUCAUGUGCCCCCCGGCUGGGACCAAUGGCACGCACUGGUGGGGAAUUCUCGGUAUUACAAUUAUACACUUUCCGUGAAUGGAAAAGAGGAAAAACAUGGUGACAGCUAUGAAAAGGACUACCUCACAGACCUGGUUUUGAAUCGGUCUCUACAUUUCUUGGAGGAACGAAGCCCUAAUUAUCCAUUCUUCAUGAUGUUGUGUCCGCCAUCCCCUCAUUCACCGUGGACUGCCGCCCCUCAGUAUCAACAGUCCUUCAGUGAUGUUAAAGCUCCACGUGAUGGCAGCUUUGACAAACCUGGAAAGGACAAACAUUGGUUACUACGGCAACCUGCGAACCCGAUGCCGAACAGCUCCAUUGAAUAUCUGGAUAAUGCUUAUCGCAGGAGAUGGCAGACGCUUCUCUCUGUGGACGACAUGGUGGAACAACUAGUGGAGAAACUGCGCACUAUGAAGGAGUUGGACAACACGUACAUCUUCUACACUUCUGACCACGGCUAUCACACUGGCCAGUUCUCUCUGCCCAUUGAUAAGAGACAGCUGUAUGAGUUUGAUAUUCGCAUCCCUCUCUUGGUUCGUGGACCAGGAAUCAAAGCAAAACAAACACUGCAGUCUCCAGUGAUGAAUAUAGAUCUUUCCAUGACUAUUCUGGACAUCGCUGGAGUCAAUCUCUCCACUGUCAACAUGGAUGGACAGUCAUUCUUGCCACAGAUGGCACCAUCAUUACGUAAUGGCACAGAACGUCCCUUCUUUCUUGUGGAGUACACUGGUGAGGGAUAUUCCUCUGAAGACCCCAGCUGCCCCAAACUUGGCCCUGGACUCGCUGAAUGUUUCCCAGACUGUGUAUGUGAGGAUGCUUUUAAUAACACAUAUGCCUGUGUCAGAACUCUAAAAGAUGGUAACCUGCAGUACUGUGAGUUUGCUGACAAUGAGUCGUUUGUAGAGGUGUACAAUCUAACGGCAGAUCCUCAUCAGUUGGAGAACAUCGUAAAGAAGGUUGACCCUUCUCUCCUGCAGACCAUGAAUCAAAGGUUGAUCAAACUGCAGUCCUGUAUGGGAGACAGCUGUCGAAACAUCAAAUAAAAUGCCAAGAGUGGGCCGGAUCCCACCAGUUCUGAACUCUCAGCACAAAGAUUUGAUAAUCUGAAGAUGUAUCAGGUUGUUCACUUGCACACAUCUCCCGAAACGUUUCAUUUUGAAUUCUGAUCGCCUGAAUCAUACUCUCAUCUCUCCUUCAAACGUAUCUAAAGCAUGAUUUUCAUAUGCACCUUGAUAAUACCGUGCUGUCAUACAGCUACAAGGGAACACUUUCUGAGGGCUUGAACCAGUUUAACCGGAAGUUUACAUGUCGUCAAGCUUAUUUGACUUCAGACGGUCAUCAUGCAUUUGUUGUUUUGCCUCUUUUGAGCACUUUUACGGUAAAUGAAGUUUAAACCAUACGUUGUUGAGUAUAAACUGCUAGAAAUCUACAACCAGCGAAAAACAUUUACCAUGUGUUUUAAGAAUCAUUCUUUUUUUUUCCCACAUGUCUGUUUUAUACAAUUUUCUUCGUACUGUGAAUAAAAUGAUAUAUGUAUGCAAAACUGCUAAUCCAAAGAAUCCAGUUGGAAAUCACUUUCUGAUAUUGUUUUAAAAUGAAUUUUGCUUCAUAAAGGGAACGAUUUUGCCAACUAUGAUUUUAUCUCAAAUGUGAUUGUGCCUUUUUUUUUGCACUUAAGCAGUGUUUGUACGAUACAGAUGUCUAAUUUUGAAUAAUCAAUAAAUUUAUAAACGUAUGUUUUACAUUGCUGUCAUUUAAUAUUAAUGUUUAAAUUAAAAGAAA